AUGAGCCUCCGCGACAGCCAGUGCAGCAGCGAAGACGUCAACAAGGAGGAUGACUGUAUGCCGUCGUCGUCCGAGGAUAGUCAAGGUUUGUAAGCGAUCCGUACCGGGCCUGCCUGCCCGUCAACGCUGUCAGGCACUCGGCCUCCGGUAGGGGCCUUUCUUUUCGAGACGCCCGCAACCCAGUCCAGCGUGAAAUGUUAUGAUUCCCGCGGCGGAUUAGCGCUUAGCGGAUUAGUCGAGCAAAUGCACGAACAUACAUGUUAGAAGAAUCCGACAGUUUUUGGAACUUAGACCUUCUGUCAAAAAGUGUCUUAUCAGUUGGCGCUGGAAUCAUUCUAAUCAUGAUUCGUCCAGAAGAGACCGUGCCAGGAGGUUGCGAAAGUACGCGUAGCACGUUUGCGUGAUACGGUACCCGUUUCCGGGUCUCAGCUGACUAGUUGUUAGUUCGAAAAACAACACAAAUAAAUGUAUCAAUUUCAGACGGCGUCCCUUCGCCGAUGGACAACGGUGAUGAACCCGAAUUCUCGCAAAAACACUACGACAUCGAACCAUGUUACUAUAGCAUGACUGGCAAAUCGGAUAGGAAUUGCCGUGGAAAAGUGAGUAUUUUGUGGUUUAUUUUCCCAAAAAAUCCGGAAGUUCUGCCCGUUCCUAAACUCAGCUGUACUCUGUUAUAUUUAUAAUCGGAGGAGGCAUCUUAUGCGUGCGUCUCUUCGACCUCGACACUGUCUCGGCACUCGAAAAACCAAUUAAUUGUUGUUCCACUGAAGCGUCGAGACGCAGAGACAAGGACAGAUAGGGACGAAAAGGGGGGCAGCAGCAGCAGCAGCAGCGGGGGGAGGCGUCCAUAAUUCAAAUGUUCCCGACAAGAGGAAGAACACCGCCAAGUUUGAGGAAAAUGCCUCCUCGAUUCGCUUUUUCGUUCCUUUGAGAUUCGGUUCGAUCGCCUCCUCGUCUAAACCCCCCAAACAUACAUGAGCACACAUUGCGAGCUCCAAUCGAGAAGGUGAAGAACCAGAAAGUCAAACACUAGCGAGCCUCGGAUACAGACGACACGCUGACCUCUUCCGAUGACUCUUUCCUGACUCGAUUAAAGCGAGGAUGGCUAUCCGAGUCUCGCGCACGCCAAUCAAAACACCCUCCUCCCUCCUCCCAGUUUUUGAUCUGAAAUAUGAGACAAUUGCUUUUUUUUUCCGCUGUCAAGGAAAGCAAAACCAACAAAAGUUUUCGGAGAGACCCCGAGAGCAGCUUUCCCCCAAGAGAGUACAAAUAAAAAGGGAUGGCGAGGGGACAGAUAUGAUGCGAGACAGACACACUUCUUGCAUAGUGUUUUUUGCCGCAUUAGAUGAUGAUCAUGAUGAUUUGUUUGUUUAUUUUGAACGCCCUCUUUCUUUCUGCUACUCCAAUGAUGAUGGUGGCAGUUGUCAGUGAUUCUGAAUGACCUGAACGUUUUCUCGUCAGAGGUGUCAAAUGACAGAGGAAGAGAGACGCAGACGAGGAGGUCAAUCGAACACUUGUUGAGUAGUACAUUCUGAGUGAACAAACGGGCAGAACCGGAUUGGGAGAGAGUGAAAAAAGUGGAAUUCGCAAGGGCAGCAAGAAGAAAAAUGCCCUUGGAAAUGAAUCUGAAACAGUUGUCCGAACGAUCAUAUCCUUUUAACCUAAUUCCCAAUCAUUUUCAGGUAUACCGGUAUCGAGCAGACGGUGAUCUAAAAGGGUUUCAAUCACAUGAUGGCACAAUGUACAGGCUACGAGACUCGGUUUUUGUGGAAACCUCCCAGAACGAGCCUUACGUGAUUGCAGCAAUAUGCGGAUUCAAAUAUGUGAGUGAUGGGUCUCUCCCUCCGAAUGUCGGCAGAUGGCCUGAUUUAUAUGCGCGCCCAUUUUGUUUGGGUCAAACUCUCAAGUCGGAUGUUUCUCUUCUGAAUAGAUAGUUGAACCGAGUCAGUAGAUCAUUGGAAUGUUUGUUAUGAAGAGCAGAAUAUUACACUUUGAGAGACAGAGAGAGAGAGAGAUAGUGAUGGAGCACAUGAUGCAGUCUCGGUGGUCGCUUCUUGAUAUUACGCAAGUGUUGUUUUUGUUCGUUUCUCUGAACUCGCGAGGGAGAGAGAAAGAGAACAUCGUUCUAGUCUGAGAUGACGGAACGAAAUACAUUUAUAGUGUGGAAAGAUGAUAAGGUGCGAAAGAGCGAGGGAAAGCAGAACCUGUGAGUGAGUGGGAGAGAUAAGAUAAGGAAGGAAUGUUUCGAAUUCAAAGUGAUGAUGUAGUAGUAGCAAGGGAAUGGUUUCUGAUCUGUACAUAGGCUCGAUUCAAAAACGUUUGAACGGGGAAAGUUGGAAAGUUGUAAAGCACUUUGAUCCGCUUCCUAUUGGUAUCACUAUUUGAUUCCCAAGUACCAAUAUCUGUCUGACGUCAUUUGUGCUCUGAACCUUUCGAAACAGCCUAGUCACACUUCUGAUUCACCUCCUGUUCUUUUUCUUUUUCUAAUAUCGCAUAGGUUGCUCUUUCUGCUACUUGUUUUGUGAGUCGCCGAUCGUCUCCAAAUAUUGACAGAGUGUUAGUGAGUUCGCUUUCUCCUUCUUCUCCCAUUCUCUUCGGAUGUGAUAACUGUUCUGAAGGGGACAUAUAAUAUCUUUUGUAUUGAGUCACUUGCCAUUCGCUUUCCAAUCCGAUCGUUCGUCCUUCAUCGCCUCCGCGAAACCGUGUCAUAAUCGGAUUGCGCGGGCAGUCAAAAGGAGGAGAGCGACCGAAAAAAGAACCUUUUUUCUGUUGUGUUUUUGUAUCGAAAUGGACAUUGUUUUUAUUUGUUUCUGAAACAUUUGGGAUUGUUUUGACUAUGCCCAUGACGAUGACGAAUAAUAAGUUUACACCGUCACCGACUGGCGGGCUGAGAGCACAGCGUAAUGCUUUUCAUUGUUGACACAGCACGUUGACGGCCAGCUGAGAGUAUUGCCGUUUCGGGCAUUCAUAAUACGCGCGCUCUCUCUCUCUCUCUCUCUCUCUCUCUGUUCCUCUCUCAGUUCGGAACUUAAAAAGGACGACGAGAUAGACACUUUUUGGAGGCAAAAAAGAGGUAAUUUGUGGAAGGAGAAACGGGUUUACGGGAGGGAAGAGACCGCCACGCAAAGAAAUGACACUCGAAGUGGGCGAAUGAGAAAACGAGGAGAGGGAUUUGAACAUGUGGGGGGAAAUGAGGAAGAAAGUACAUUAAUACGGGGGAUCGUGAACAAUCGACACAUUCUCAAUCCGAUCCAUUUUCAGACAAAACGAGAACACGUGGUAGUGAAACUUACGAGGUACUUUCGAGCUGAAGACAUUCCGGAGAUAUCAUUAAACCUGAUGAAACAAGAACGAGCAGAGCUCGAAAUUAACCCCCACCUGUGCCCGGUAAGUCCCUCGUCUCCCAGUCGCCAGAUGUUCGCUUGUAAAACAAACAUGUAUGUAAUGUUUUGCAAACAUGCACCCAUGCAAUCACAUCGUUCGUCAAUUUGUCUCUUUUGCAGCAGUCACUAAACCGGGAACUCUUCAACUCGGAUAUUCAAAUAACUCAUCCGGUCUCAUGCUUAAGGUCAGUUUUCCCUUUUUUUUGUCUCCCUCUUCUCAAAUUGCUUUUUUGCUAAGCGAAGGGUGUUAUAAUGUCAAAGAGAAGUGGGACGCAUCCCUCUUUUUAGAAAGAAAGCAGUGGUGUUUGUUUUGAAAUUGGAGCCGCGGUUGGUCGAGAAGAAUGAUGACGACAGGGGGAAGGGGAGUCUGUAAUUAGAAUACCCCCACUCAAUCGAGACGGGUGCCAUCGCUGCCCUUGUGUGCCUCCCUCGGGUGCCGGAAGUCUUUUCGGCGUCUCUUCUCAACUUUUGACCCCUGCACCGCUUGAAUAUCAGCUUUCGUUGCGUUCAGAACAGAUGCCACGUCACACGAGUGGCUAUCUGGUCUCCCGCAUCCCGCAGGGGCUCAUUCUGUUCGAGAACCUAUCAGCAGUGGCUACUCAAUCAUCUUUUCUUUCUCUUGUUCCGCGUGCACAUUUCCCCUGGGACCGAAUUAAUUGAUGUGACGAGACGGCCAGAGGACGGAUGGUCGCUCGUGUUGUACGUGUCGGAAAAUGGUGGGAAGAGCGACCGGGACAUCAAUUAUUCCACUUGUUUACCGCCCUCGUUUUCCCUCUAUACGUCCGUCAUAUCCUCUAUCCUUCUGGCAGUAAUUCUCUGCCUCCGGAAGGAAACUGUUUUCUGUCUUUGAGCCUCUCCGUCCUUCGCUCUCUCACUCUCUGCAAGCUCAAUUUAAUAAAGGACACUUGCUGCUCCGAAGCGACCACCCGGGGAGAUGAAGGCAGAAGAUGAUGCCGCCGGCGACCACAACACACUGGAAAUCUUAUUUUAUUGCAAACUUAUGUUUCCUCUCGCCAUAUUUUUCGCGCACAGAAAUUCUCGUCAUCCGCUUUUUGAUCUACUACGACCCGAUGGCAAUCUAAUCCGAGAAUCCGAUGAUACCAUUGAAAGUCGCCCGUGAUUGUCCUGGGCCUCCAAUGUUUCUACUCGGCAGCAGGGGCAGGAGCUUCUCGGGUUUCACUCGGUGUUCCGAGGAGCGCCAUGCGCAUCCCAUCUGCGUCCGUCCGCCACCGCUCUUUUUCUUGGCCUCCCUGCUGUCAUAUGACGCGGCAGCCGAAGUGUGUAUUCCCUCUCAUCCUCUCCUCCAUCUUCUUCUUCCUCUUCUUCUCCUCCUUCUUCUUUGGGGUUUUCCUCGUUUUCCACCGUGUCCCUUUUUUGAAACGGCGAUCCCGCUGGCAGGUUGCCAACAACAUUCCGUCUAUUUCGAGCGCCCACUCUGAAUUCUGGUCGCGCUCGUAAUUUUUUGUUUUGUAAAUGAUUCAGUGUCCCUUUGCCAUUUUUAAUUUCCGCUCUGCUGGUCACUUGUGGCAAACCACAAUUUUUUUGUUUUCAAUUUUAUCAAAGGGAACCAGUUAGCCAAAUAGAUACCCCUUUAAUCUGCAGAAGACUUAUCACCUAUCCGAGUGACCCGUGAUGAGAUGAGAGCAAUGAAGGACUCUCUCUCUCUCUCUUUCUCUCUCACGAAAACACAUCCAAGAAGCCUAGAGGAGGAGCAGGAGGAGCACAGAAGUCGCUUUUUUUUGAGCAGCGUUUUCUUUUUCCGCCCUCCAACAACACGAGCCCCUCGUUUCUUGUUGUUGCUCGGCAUGUUGCACACGCAAUCGCCUCCCAGUUCAUUUGAGACUUUCUCCAGCGGUCUUCUUCAAUUGAGAAUAUCAUCAUUCUUAUUUAAUAAAAAGCUUACGGGGUCUGUCUGCAACUUUCUUUCUUUAUCCGUUUGUCCGUCCCCACCCAGUUUUAAAGUUUUGUCAUUUAUGACGUGGCAUCGAAAAACGUUGUUUGUCCGAUUUCGUUCGAUUCAGUGGAUCACUUUCUCCCGUUUUCCCUCGAUUCUUCUUCGCCUCGUCGGCCAUCUGUCAUUUUGUCGACUUAGAUUCUCGCGUUUGGUUUCGUUUUUGUGCAUCCUAUUCGGUAACUAAAUUUUUUUUCCGAGAAAGAACGAUGAAAUUGAACGUUUUCUCGCUUGUAAGCCAUGAAAACCAGUUUAAAAAAAAGCUACAGUAAUUAUAAAAGGCGCAGCACGAGAUUUGUGGAAAUUUUGAACAGUCGUGUCGAGAAACACAGUUUCCGUUUCCUAAAACAAUUGUUCCCAACAUUUCAGAGGAAAGAGUAUUGUGGAAUACGUGAAAGACGUUCGGCAGGCGAGAACCGUCGCCGAUUCUCGCUCGACAACGACACCUUCUUCUUCUGCCUUCAUUAUAAUCAGGAAUCGACAAAACUGGCGUCGACACACUACGCAAUACGGGUCGGCAGCUGUUUUCAGGUCAGUGAGAGUGAGAAGCUCAAAAAAGAAACGUUGUAGUGUCAAUCUCUGAAUAGCAGUUCAUGAAUUUUCAACGGGCGUCCGUCCCAAACUCAUGUUAAUAUUUGAUGAAUUUCAGGCUAAGCUGCCGUCGAUGGCCAAAUGCUCUGUGGGCGACGAGAAAGAUCGCGACGAGCUUCUGUACAGGCCGGACAGCAUUGACGAGGAGACGGAGAAGGACUACAUCCGACUGGCACGGUGCUUCCGAGCAUACACGCUAAGUGGGAAUCACAUGCUCGACUCGCAGAAGAACGCAAGAGUGAGUGUCCCGUUUGAUCCGACUGUGCAUGUGUUUUACUGUUUCCAGUCUCAGGUCAGCGAUUUGCUUAUGGAUGAAGCAAUUAUCCAACUACAUCGGAGUGGGUACAAAGUGGACGACGCUCUGAGCGAGUUGAACGCAAAUGAUAUCAUUCUGACCACAGACGUCGAUUAUAUGACACAAGACGACGCUAAGAAAUUCGCGAAAGGAAUCAAGCAGCUCGGCAAGAACUUUUCACGGAUACACCGGGAACUGCUGCCGCAUCACAGUCGGGUGAGUAUCCAGAAAAGAAGAUCCUGUCCUUUUGAUGGGGCGUAAAACAGCCUUCGCGCAUCGCUUCAUAGAAAUUCAAAAGAAAGAACAACACAGUUGUUCUCCUCUCCUCUUUUGGUUUGAACUGGUGGUGCGGAGAAGAACAAGUGGGUAAACAUGACACGUUUUUCCUCCUCUUCCCGAUUUGUCUCUUGCUUUUUUUGCUCUCAUCGGCCACCUCCCGGAGGGAAAAGAGGGAGAGAAAGAGCAAAUAGAUUGAGAGCCGUUGUGUUCGUGUACGCGACUGCUUUUUUGGGCUGGGUACUCGUGUCCCUGGGAAAAGAUUCGAAAAGAAGAACAAAAAGCCAAGAGUAACACACUAUCAUCACUCUCAUUUCCCCCUCUCCUCCUUCCGUCUCCUCUCCCUUUCUUCUUCUUCUUUUCCGUCUUCUCCGUUUUCUUCCUGCGUGCGGGCGCGGCCGAAAACCAAUAACCGAACCCAUUUCCCCCUUCUCUCUUAUUUCCUUUUGCCUGUCUCAAGAUUUACGACCAUGAACUUUUUUCAAAUGACAAGCGAAAAGGGGGAGAAACAGAAAGAAGGAGGAAAUCUUCUUCACUUCUUAUCGCUCUCUGCCACUCCUCUUUUCGCCCAUUAUUCUCUUUUCUCCCCUCUUUUCCCCGUUAUCAGUCAGCAGGCGCUCCUCACCCGAUUAUUCGCAUUAGUGUUGGGUAACUGCCACUUAAUGGAGAAGACGGAUGAAGAGGAGUCCGAAAAAAACGUGAACGAUGUGUUUCUGUUUGCAGGAGCAGCUCGUCUCCUACUACUACCUCUGGAAAAAGACUCCUGAGGCGACGAAGCCGAAGCAAGCGGCUCGACGAGUCAAUCCAACGAGUAUCAAGCGGCCAACGAAGGAGAAGGUGAAGGUGUCACGACCAACGUCCACUGAAUACCUGGACUUUGAUUCUGCCAGCGAAAGCGACGUUGAGAACAACGGACCGUCCGGAAGAGCGUGCCAUCAUUGCUACGGAGCUGGUAAUUCUUUUGAAUUUUGAACAUAGACUAAAGGUUGUUUUUUUUUGCAGAAAGUAAGGACUGGCAUCACGCGAACGGACUUUUGCUGUGCACCGACUGCCGGUUACACUACAAAAAGUACGGACAGCUGCGACACGUGGCGAAUCGACCAACCCAAGUGCCAGCCUGCCUCUUCAAACGUUCCAAUUCGGACGAAGAAGAGAGCGGUGUGCGAACGAGAGCAGGAAAGAAAGAGCAGCGGAGGAGGUACGUCGGUUUUAAUAGAUUUCUCAUCACUAUCACAAUAGUUGAAUAUCUUUGUUUUCACACUUCUCUGUCGCUUUCUGCUCUUCUCUGGGCCCUCCUCGUCUUCUGCUCCGUCUGCUUCUCUCGCUUCUCUCGCUACCUCGUUUCAUGUUUGUCUCGAGGCGUCAGUUGAUAACGAGCGGGCAGCCAGCCAGCGGUCGGUCCGUCGUCCUCUGGCCAAAAAGAGAGAAUGAAAGAGAGAGAAAGAGAGAGAAAGAAUUGUGAUAUUAGGAUAAUUAAUCGAUUAUGAUACACGAGUCAUGAGUCUCUCAAUUUCGCCUUAUCUCUGCCGAACCCUCUUAUCACCUUAUCACCCGACUCCUCUUUCUCCCAUCAUCGUCAUCGCCGUCGUUUUAACAUUCGCCACUUUUUCGUUCUCUUCUUCUUUAUUCUCGAAGAAUUGUGUGAUGACACGGUAGAUAGAAAGAUAGAUACGGGGAAGAUGGAUGGGGACAGAUAUGCUGCCCCGCGGUCUUUUCACUGCUAUCAAAUUUAUUUUAUCGCUCUGGUCUAUUGGGGCCGGUUCUACCCUCCCCUUCCGCUGUCCCUUUCACAGACAUUAUUUCUCAUUUCCCUCCUCAUCAACAGGUAUUUACUCAUGCGUAUUCCCAUCUGUCGAGCCGCCCGUCGUGAUAGAAACCGAUGGUGUUGCUGCUGAUGACCACUCGCAGACCGCGUGCUCUCCGUUCUCUCUUUCUCUUUCCUGCCGUCUCCGUUUUCUUGUUCUCAUCUUUCGUCCGCAUUCUUUGUGAGUUUUCGAAAGCUCUCGAAGAGAAUGUAUCCUCCGUCAUCUCUCUUGUGCUCUCUUCCUAUUUGUAUACAAUACGCACCAGUUACGUAUCUUGACUCCAAAUAAUUGAAGGUUUUCUAGUCUGAAAUUAGAAAAAUGAAACACGUCAAGCAGAAAAACUCGUAUGCAUUACGGCUGCUCACCGGCUCCAUUCCGCCCGUCCCGUUUACCACAUUCUCGGCUUCUUUCUCUUUGAAUCUUCAAAUCUCUUGCUCCGGGAUAACAACCUGCUGUCGAUCGGCAGGUGCAACACUCCUCUCGGUGGCCAGCGGGGAAAGCCGAUUAGAAAGGUGAAAGGGCUAAUAAUCCUCCUCUCCCGUUCGUUAUAUCCUUAACCUACAAUUGCGUUAGCUCCUUCUCUCUCUCUCUCAUUCGUGGUCCGUCAUUAUCCAUACGCGAGCAUGUGUGCGUCUGUGUACAAGUCGAGAUUGAAUUCGAUCGCAAACGGCGAAGAAACAAAAGCAAUUUUGGCGUGGCUGUGGGAGAAGGCAAGCUCCUUCCACCAAAACUGAUUAGGUUUUCGCCCCUUCGGUCACCAAUAUCCGGUAUUGGUUCGCUGUUUCCUGCCGUCACUCGCUCCUCGUCUCUUUAGUUCCUCCGGAUGCAGGAAAUGAGAUGGACUCGUGGACUCCUGGAGUGGCCCCCUUUGGCUUCCCUUGUUAGUUCGUGCCCCUCUUUUGCAUCUAAGCGCGCUUCUAACCGCCAUGUCCAAUUUGUCCGCCGUCCUCUCUUUUUGUUUUGGACUCUGCCUCUUCAUCAGCCACCUCUACAAGGACGACUGCAAAAUAUUCGAAAACGCGAGCUCACAUGUGACCAGAAUAUAAUAGAUUUUGUGGUCGUGCGACACAUUUUCGGCUCUUCUGGUCAUCAUCAAAGCAUCACAAGACACAAUUCAUUUGAUAUGAGUCUUACUUACUCCCCACGGGCCCAUGUUCCGCUCCUAUUUCACCAUCAAUCAGUGUGUCUGACAAGCAGCGACCCCCGCCUCUUAUUCUUUCGACAAGUCCUCUCCAAUUCCUUCUCCCCGCCACUUGACACUUUCUUUUUUCGCGCGCUCCUAGCAGGCAGCUGGCAGCAUGCCAACAUUUUUCGCCCUCGUUUGCUGGCGCGUGCCCGAACACACUGCCGACAGAGAUAAUGUCGCACCUCGCCGUGUUGGCGGCAGUCCUCCUUCCAGAUGCUUAUCUCUUUCGGUUGUACACGCUGUCUGCAGCGUGUCACUUCUUCUUUCCGUUUCUUUUCGCAUCAAAGUUAAAUAGUUUAUUUCGAUAGAUAACAUCGGAAGCUUCAUCUCAUUUUACUCGCGCAGAGCAGAGCCGCCAUUCAUAGUUAAUUAGCAUGCAGAAACGGAGAAGGUGUCUUUUCGUGCUCUCUUCCGUUUCGUCUCGUUUAUGCCGUCUCUUCGCCCUCGGCUCCUCAUCUUUCUAUUCCUCAAGAGUGAUGCACACUUGACAAAAUUGCCUUCAUUGCUCAUCAACACGAGUAGAAGAAGACGAAGAAAGAAAAAAGACGAAAGGGGACAGCGCCCGCCCGCCUGCACAGCACCGGACCACGCCCAUAUUUGUCGCGUUGGCCCCCCGGUUGCGCGAAGCGAGAGGAGCGAAGAAGCGUCCAUCGUGGCGACGACUCCGCCGUCUCCUUCCUUCCCUUUCUUUCUGCUUCUUUGUGGCCCUCGCUCGUCUCUCUUUCUCUCCACUUUCUCUCCUGUUGUAUAUGUCCGUCCGUCAGGGGUCUUGUCACCGGCGUCCGGCCGCAGUUCCCCUCUCCUAUGUGUGCGUGUGUGUGACCGAUACCUUUUUUUUCGCCGCCUCAAUGAGUUUAUGACACCCACAGUUGGCGGGUUACGGGCGGCGAGCAGAAUGCCUCUGCUGGUGUCCGGGCAUCCAUCCAUUCAGCGCACGGGGCGACUUUUCAUGUCGCCUCUUUUUCGCACUGCCACACGCGCCGGAUCAAUAUGUAUUUUGUCUCUGUCAGCCUUUGUGCACACGCAACACCUCUCUUCCGCACCGGCAACAGACGGUCAUUCAGUCAUUGCGAUGAAUGUACCGGAAAAAUUGCGCAAUUCAAUGCUGCCCGCAGUGACGAGAAGGAUGAGGCCCCCCGUCGGCACAAGGGCCAGACGAACAGACUGACCGCGAGCGCCUGCGUAUUGAUUGGUCGGUGCGCGGGAGAAGGGUACACACACACUCGACCACCACCAUUCCACUCUCUUUUCAUCCUCCGCCGCUCCGCAGUACCAAGUUGAACCGGGACGGCAGGUAACAAUGCCGCUCCAUACAUUUUUUGGAAGCAGGAAACUCCGCUAAUCCCGUUUGCCGCCCAUCAUUAACUAAUCCGUUUUUGAAUUUGCAUACUGCUCUCCCUCCCUCUUCCCCUAUCUCUCUAACGGACUGACUCGCUCGCUCGUAAUCCGGCCACUACUGCUGGCCUUUUCUGUCUCUAUUCGGCGGCUUUUUCUGUGAUUUUGCCUCGCAGGCAGAUGUUUCGGUUGCUAACGUGGGUCACAUCUCACCAGACGAAAGCAGAUGUGCCACACUCCUUCGCCCAUUUCGCCCUUUUUCAUGUUUAAAAGGGCAGUGGCCGAAUGAAUGUUGUUUUUGAAAGUUCCAGAGUGCAGAACACGUCAUACUAUCCUUUUAAUUUUUCUCCCACAAGUGCAAGUGUGUUUAUUCUCAGAGUCUGUUCUAGUAUCUUUCUUUUUUUCGUCUUCUUCUUCUUCUUCUUGUCGUUGACUUCCUUCAACCAUUUUGAUGAGAAUACGACGAAAAAACAGGCGCCCCGCCGGUGCGGGCCGAAUUUCAUUCUCUCCCUGCAAUGUGUAUUGAUAUCUUCUCAGUUUUCUUCUUCUCUCCUUUCCACUUGUGAUAUGCCCUCGAUUUGUUUCUCGCUAUCAUAACGAGAUGACGGUUUUUAGAAGAAUCAUUAUCACGCCCUCGUCUAUCCCUUUAAAUAUCUUCAUUCAAAGUCCACUUUUCAUCACCAAUCGACUGUUCUUCAUUCAUAAAUUCUCUCCGCUUUCAGAACGCCUUCAUCGAUGAGCGAGACUCCAGAUCGCAGAUCGCCUUCUAGUGUGUCGAACGGUGCGCCUCAUUUGACCGCCGAAGAGACACCGACGAAACGGUUGAACGGGGCCACCAAACGAUCAGCGAAGCGGCCGCUGCACAACGGUAUCCUGAACAACAUGGAAACGGCUGGAAGUACGGAACCGGCAUCACCGUCCAGCCCUCCUCCGAAGUUGACGAACGGACUGACCAAUGGACACGCUCCAGGACCGUCUACUCCGAACGGAGAGACUGCCACGAAAAAAAUGAAGAUUGUAAGAAUAGUUUAAGGGAUGGUAGAUAAUCUAUUUUUUUCGUUACAGGAACAGAUUGAUGAGGACUCUGACGACGAGGAAGUCGGCAAAAUGACCAUUGACGAGGGAGACGACGAGCCGAUGCCUGUUCUGAAUGGAUUCAAGAAAGAAGAGCUAAUGGAGGAAGUGAAGUUGGAGUUGAAUGGAACUAUAAAGGAGGAGAAUGGCAUCGAGAAUGGGCCAACCACAUCGAAUGGCUCAAAUAGAGCUGACAACACCUCGGAGUGUUCAUCCGUGUGUGUCGGACUGAGUGCCGGAGAGAAUGGAAGCGAAAACAAACCGGAUCUGCAACUUAUCAACGACGAGGAGGAGGAAAUCGUCGAGCCGGACAGCGAAUCGGACACCUACACCAUUGGCAUUGGUGUCGACUUCGAAACGAGAAACGCGUUGUUUGUCAGGCGUUUCAUCAGAUCGUGUGGACCACGUUGCGCGCGAACUGACUUGUGCUUCAAGAUAAAAGUGAACGGCACUUGGGACAGGACCAUGAGAGAAAAGGCUGAGAAGAAAAAGGCGGCGGCAGCACCAGCUCAUCCUCCCAGAAAUCAGGAGCAAGAGGCUAACAAAUUGGCGCUGAGUCAGCAGCAGAUGCUCAAAGAGAAGCAGCAACAGCAACAGCAGCAGCAACAGCAGCAGCAACAGGUUCAGCAACAACAUCAGCAAGCAGCUCAGCAACAUGUCGCCGCUGCCGCUCAACAACAGAUGCAGCAACUUCAGAUGCAAGCUAUGAUGGGACAAAUGCCGCCAGAGAUGAUCCGGCAAAUGAUGCCUCAUCAGUUUGGUCUCGAUCCGGGAACUGCAAUGAUCAUGCAGCAACUGAUGGCCAGCCAACAGCAGCCAGGAGUCGCCGCUCUUCAGCAACAUUUGGCCAUGCAACACAUGGAGCAGCAGGCUCAAGCACAUCAAGCCCAACAGGUUGGUAUUUAUAAGAAACGAGCAACGCAUAAUCUGGGUCAUUUUCAGUACAUUCGAAUGCAGCAAGAGUUGGCACACCAGCAACAACAGAAAAUCCUCGAACAGCAAAGAAGUGCACAAGCAGCUCGCGAGCGAGAGCAACGCGAACGAGAACGAAUUCAGCAGCAGCAGCAGGCGCAGCAAGCUCUCCAACAGCAACAACAGCAGCAAGCUGCAGCUGCUGCCAGCCAACUCUCGCAUAUGCAUCCAGUGAUGGCGCAAAUUAUGGCGCAGAUCCAAGGAGGAACCGUUACCCCGCAAGACAUUUCUCGCAUGAUGGAGAUGCAGGCUCAAGCGAUAGCAGCUCAGCAACGCGAGCAGCAAGAACGAGAAAGACGUGACAGAGAACAACGUGAACAACGAGAAAGGGAACAGCGAGAGCGGGAGCAACGAGAACGUGAAGCGCAGGCAGCUCGUGAACGAGAAGCUCAGGCUCAGGCCCAAGCUCAGGCUGCAGCUGCAGCCGCACAACAACAACAAGCUCAGGUGAGUAUAUGAUCUGCAAGAUGCAUAAGUUAUCCAGGUUGAAUUUCAGCAUAUGGACCUGCAACAGCAGCAGAUGCAUCACCUCCUCCUCCAGCAAAUGCUCGUGAACCCAGCCCUUCUCCAUCAAAUCCAACAACAAGCCGUCCAAGCACAAGCGCAAGCUCAUGCUCAUGCUCAGCAGCAACAGCAGGCAGCCGCCGGUGCCAACCCACUGCAACUGCUGCAGCACGGAAUGGCUGGUCAGGCAGGUGCCGCUGAAAUGAUGCGACGACUUCAAGCGGAGUCGGCUAUGCGUUCCCAACACCCGUAA